ACUAGCAUUGAACUUAUCACUCAAUUCUAAAUUAUAAAAAUAUCCCAAUUCCCAAUCAAUUUAUAUGCAUCCAUCCAAUUCUCUUCUCACAUAAUCAUGGCCAAUUUCCACUGGUAUCUCCUUCUACUCCUUCUCAUCAUCCCCAUACUCAUCUCUUCCUUCAUCUAUCAGCUUGACACCUUUGACGCAGCUCCACUUCCAAACGAUCAUGACUACUUCUCGGAGACCAUAUCAGUGCCCAAGAGACACAACCACGUUCUUUCUGUGAGCGAGCGUGUAGGGGAGGGGCUUCUUUUUGGUCCCGAGGACUUAGCGUAUGAUGCUGACAGGGGCCUGCUUUUUACUGGUUGUGACGAUGGAUGGAUAAAAACAGUGAAUCUCCGAGAUGAUGAUGAUGAUUAUUUGAAGGUUGAGAACUGGACUUUCGUCGGUGGCCGGCCUCUUGGGCUCGCCUUGGCAAAGGAUGGAAGUCUUGUUGUUGCCGAGCCUUAUCAGGGGCUUCUUUUGAUUAGAGAGAGGGGCAAGGUAGAGCUUUUAACAGAGUCGGCUGAGGGAUUGAGAUUUGGAUUAACUGACGGCGUAGAUGUGACGUUAGAUGGCAAGAUCUACUUCACUGACGCGUCCUAUAAAUAUCCGCUCAAGGAUUAUAUGCUGGACGUGAUGGAGGCGAGGCCGCACGGACGACUCUUGAGUUAUGAUCCGAAGACAAAUCAGACGCUGGUUCUUGCCCUAGACCUCUACUUCGCCAAUGGUCUUGCACUCUCUCCUGAUGAACAUGCCAUUGUUUUCUGUGAGACAUUGUUGAGGCAAUGCAAAAAAUAUCACAUCAAGGAUGAGAAAAAGGGAACCAUUGAGCUUUUCAUCCAAAAUUUGCCUGGGUUCCCUGACAAUAUACGUUAUGAUAGGGAAGGCCACUAUUGGAUUGGCCUUACAGCGGGGAAGACUCGUUUAUGGGAUCUAAUAUUUAAGUAUCCAUUUAUAAGGAAAUUAUUGGUUGCUCUAGAGAAGUAUAAUGUGAAAAUUCCAAAUGGAAUGGUGAAUGGUGGUGUGUUGAGUGUGGAUUUGGAUGGGCGACCAGUUUCUUUAUAUUCAGAUAAGGGCUUGUACCAUGUCACAGGCGGACUCAAAGUUGGCAAGUAUCUCUACCAAGGAUCACUUACAAAGCCUUAUCUCAAUCGCAUUGAUCUCAAUAAACAUGCAGCACAGGCCAAGUAUGAAUGAAAUGCAUUUCUUUCCUCUAGAUGUCAUGGGUUUUGCUAGGGCUCACGACUAAAAGUAAUGCCUUGUAAAGCUUUUUCUUCAGUAAGAUUUUAGAUUUACUGAUGUUGGUUCUUUCUGAACUAUGUAGUCCUUGAUUUGGACGGUUACUUAAUUAAGUUUUCGUUGUACA